ACAGUAUUGCUAAUGUUGUCUCUUCUAAGUGUUUGAAUAUACUAUUAUGUUUCAUGUCUUAAAGAAGAUUUUAGAAUUUGACUGUUAAUGUAUUGAUUAAUCAGGCUUUUCUGACUGUAUGAGGAUUUGUGACAUUUAGUGUUUUGUCCUUUUGGUACACCUGACGUGCCAUAGUGUCAGAGGUGGUGAAGAAGAGACGAUGUCGACCUAUUUAUAUUACUUAUCCGCUGUAACUCUGGCAGUUCUGGUGAUCGUGUAUCUCUUUGUUGGUGAUCAACAAUGCUAUUUCUAUAAUAAGCCCUGCAGUGUCAAUUCUACCCCAACUGGAAACCAGCGGCCAGGAUCCAGGACUGUCUCAACGUUGCAGUUUGUCGCUGUUUUUGGCCGACACGGAAGUAGAGGUCCCAUCGUCUCGUACCCCACGAGUGAGUAUCCAAUGAACGACAGAGAGGUUUGGCCGCACGGAGCAGGUCAACUCACCACGAGAGGAAGAGUACGAAUGUACCAAUUAGGUGAAAAGCUUCGCUCUCUGUACAACAGGUUCCUGGAUGACCUGUACCACCCAGGGGAUAUCGUGAUCUACAGCACUCACUUUGACCGAUGUUUUGACAGCGCUCAGCUGAUUCUGGCUGGUCUCUAUCCACCACGAGAUUUCCAAGUGUGGAACCGCAACAUACCCUGGCAACCUAUCCGUAUCUUGUACACUGACAAGGACCACGUCAUGAUUGUAUUUUCUAUGACGCCAAAAUGGUCAAACUGGUGCCCCAAAUUUCGAAUUGAACAAGAGGAGUCCUUGGUCAGACUUCAACGAGAAAUCGGUUCAAAUUUGACACGAAUGUUGGAAUACUCGCUGCCUUACAUGUCUCUGGACGCGGGCAGUCAUAAGCUGAACACCUCAAUCGGUUCAAUGUGGAUGGACACUUACACUCUGUGGGAGUCGAUAGUAAACCCGGAGCUGGAGGGUCUCAAAAUCCCAUCCUGGGUCCCAGAGAUAUAUCCUCAGCCCAUCGCCUCCCUCAUUGUAGAUACGUAUAAGGCUGGUAUCGCCGGGUCUGACACCAUGAUCAGACUCAUGUCAGGGCAGAUAUUUCAGGAAGCGGUAGGUUUCAUGAAAGCCAGGCUGAAAAAUGAGACCAGUUUGGCGAGACAACUCUACCUCUACACCGGCCACGACUUCACAAUAGUGGGUCUUCAGCGUAUCCUGGGUCUGACAGACACCUGCCACUGGGUGGUGGAGCCUAGCUCUGCCUUGAUCCUAGAACUUCAUACGGACCCAGCCACACAUGGAUCCUACAUUAAGGUCCUGUACAUAGACGGUGUGUCGAAGGACUUGGAACCUGUUGAGCUUGCCAUCCCUGGUUGUGACUUUCCUUGCAGCAUUUACCAAUUAAUGAACAUGACGGAGAAGUAUUAUAAUGUAACAGACUGGCAAAAAGAAUGUGAAAGUUAAUGUUUUGUAAAUAUAUUUAAUAAUUUAACAAAGUAAACAAAUCAAUGACGAAUCCAUUUACCGUUCUAAUGUA